AUGGUUUAUGGUCCAAUCAUUAUCCCACAGCUAUGGAGCACGUGUCUUCCAACUGAUGCAGACAAUGAUAUUCUGUGUCAGUGUGUCACCCAGAUUAAGCAACUAGAGAAUCAGAAGGAGACUGCAGACAACCACAAGUCUGAACAGAAGAAAGCCCUUGAAGAGGCAAAGAAGAAGGGCAAGGCCGCAUUUGAUGCUGAAAAGGCCCAGAUUUCACAGGGGAAACUCGCAGCAGCAGAAGCAAAGACAUAG